AUGACUGCGACUCAAUUGCAAAAAUCCUUUCCCAUCGGACUUCGUACCACUUUUUCGGGAUGUAGUUAUGCAUUGAAAGGAAGUCAAGAAGUUUAUGACAUUACGAAAUGGCCAAAAUAUACCGGUUUCUAUGGCAAAGUACCGACUUUACUGUAUUACAAGACAACAACAAAUCGACUGUUGGAUUGGGGAAAUGGUGCUAGACUUUUAUCAUUCAAGCCUAAACAAGAAGGAAAUUUGAUUCAUAGCUUUAAAAUGUGGUUGGCUGAUGAUCAAACUACUCAACAUGAGGAAAAUCAUUCCUCCAUUGAUAUUAUUGCUGAUUAUCUAAGCAAGUUUCAUCAACAUAUAUUGGAAGAAUUGGAAAAGAAAUUGGAUCCUCAAUAUACACCUGAUCAAUAUUGUUAUUGUCUCACUGUACCUGCAAUUUGGUCUGACCAUGCUAAAGCAAUGAUGCGUGAAGCUGUUAUAAAAGCAGGAAUGAUUCAAAUGGAUGAUCCAUUAGAUAGACUUACUUUGAUUAGUGAACCUGAAGCUGCUGCCCUUUAUUGUGAACAAAAAUGCGACAUGUCAAAUCUCAAACAUCAGGAUAAAUUUAUGAUCAUUGAUGCUGGUGGUGGUACUGUAGAUUUGAUUAUUUAUGAAGUUCAACAGUCUUCUCAUGAUAAAACUCGCAAAUUGAAGGAAUUGACAAGUGGUUAUGGUGGGAUUUGUGGUAGCUCAGAUAUUGACAAAAAUAUGCGCAAAUUACUCUUGAAAAAGUUUGGUGAAGAAGGAUCAUCUAUGCCAAUAUGUACUUUGGAAAUGAUUAUGGAAACAUUUAUUGAAUAUAUCAAACCCGUGUUUCAUGGUGAUGAAGAUCAAUACUUGGAUAUUCCUGCUACGGCCUUAUCUUAUUUACCUGAAGGAUUAUUGAAUGAAGAUUAUCAACUUGUUUUAUCAGCAGAAGAACUAGCACAAGAGGUGUUCAAACCUGUAUUUGACUCAGUCAUCAUGCUCAUCAAAAAUCAAUUAUCAACCAUCAAAGUGAAUACAGCAUUUCUUGUAGGUGGAUUUGGAAGCUCGAUCUAUUUGUAUCAAACUAUCAAAAAGGCAUUUCAAGAUCAAAUUGAUGAUUGUGUUGUCCCUCCUCAUGCAGAAUUAGCUAUUGUUCGAGGCGCAGUAUAUCAUUGUAUAUCUCCGGGAUUAGUGACAAGUAAAGUAGCUCGGUAUACUUAUGGUGUACGUACACGAUUACCAUUUGAAGAAGGCUUGGAUCCAGAAGAAAGUGCAGUAUUUACCUCGGAUGGUAUCAAAAGAUGUUCCACUCGGUUUGAUAUUAUUCUACGAAAAGGUGAACGUAUCAAGGUAAAUAGUAAAAUUAGAAGAUCUUUUUGGGUGAGUUAUCCAAAGCAUACAGAAGCGGACCUUUAUAUAUACAAUGGUGAUGAUCCAAUUCCUCGACAAAUCAAUGAUGUUGGUAUCAAGAAAAUAGCAGAUUUUCCUAUUAAAAUGCCUUAUUUACCUGGAAUGAUGACUGGUGAAAGAAUAGAUGUUAAUAUAGAUUUUAUAUUUGGAUUGACAGAACUAAAAGUAGAUGUUUUAGUAUCAGGUUAUAGGUCUCAGUUUACAACUAGAAUUCUUGACAAAUAA